UUUACCAACUGACUUAGUUGAAUCUGCAUCAAUCAUUAGUCGUAGAAGUAGGAUGGAAAGAAAAUCAAUAAAAGAGGAUCACAACAAGAUAAUCAAUUCAGCUCUUAGUACAUCCAGUACAUCCAAAGUACUGUCUAUACCAGAUGAUGAUCUUACACAAGUUAACAUUGAACUAGAUUAUGAGCAAUUUUAUAUCAAUCUACUUAAAGAAUAUGACAUAUUAAAAACUGAUUACAGUGUACUGGAAAAAGAAAUUGCGUCAAUUAAAAAAUCUGAUAUUGACAAUAAAAAAAUUAAUGAAUCACUUCGUUUGAGUAUAAAGGUUCUAACUAAAAAUUUGAAAGAAACUAACUUGCUUUUAAAACAAACGCAGAAAACUACAACCAAACAAAUCAAAUUGCUCUCUUUAAAUAAAAGUCAAACCAUUGAAAAUCAAGCCAAGAAAUAUUUGUCAUCUAUAUUUUCUGCAAACCAGUUGAAUUUAAUAAUGCGAAAAAAGAAAAGGGUCCAUUGGACAAGAGCUGAAAUUUCAAAAGCCUUCACUCUUAGGUAUUUCAGUAAAAGAGCAUAUGUCUAUGUCAAAAAUGAACUGCAUUAUCCUCUACCUGGUAAAUAAUUUUUUAUUUUAUACUCAUUGAACCAUUAUACUUAGUUAAAAAAUGUUUGUAUUAAUUUUAAAUUGAUUUUAGGACU